CCGAGCCGGGCCAUGGGCGGGCAGCGGUGAGCGGCUCGGCGGGAGCCAUGCCGCCUCCCGAGCCCAUGCCCGGCUACGGGCAGCUGCUCCGGCAGGGCUACGGCAGCGUGGCGGCGGCGGUGCGGGGCUGCCGGGACUGCGGCUGGGAGCUGGCGAGCAGGACCUGGGCCGAGAACGCUCACCUGGGCUGGGCGGAGGUGCUGCUCUGCGGACUCUGCGCCCUCGGCUGGACCCUGCUGCGCCAAGCCGCUGCCCGCAGGCUCUUUCGGCCCUUUGGGGAGUGGUGCAACCUGCAGCCCAAAGAUGCUGCCAAGAUGCCUGAGAGUGCCUGGAAGCUGCUGUUCUACAGCUUGUCCUGGUCCUAUGGCAUCUACCUGCUCUUCUUCACCGACUACCCCUUCUUCCACGACCCCCCCUCUGUCUUCUAUGGCUGGAAGAAGGGCAUGGAGGUGCCCAGGGACAUUGGCAUUGCCUACCUGCUGCAGUGCAGCUUCUAUGGCCACUCCAUCUACGCCACAGCCUACAUGGACACGUGGCGCAAGGACUCGGUGGUGAUGCUGCUGCACCAUGUGGUCACCCUGACCCUCAUAGCCUCCUCCUAUGCCUUCAGGUACCACAACGUGGGCAUCCUGGUGCUGUUCCUGCACGAUGUCAACGACGUGCAGCUGGAGUUCACCAAGCUCAAUGUCUACUUCAAGCACCGGGGGGGAGUCUACCACCGCCUCAACGACAUCGUCUCCAACCUCGGCUGCCUCACCUUCAGCGUCAGCUGGUUCUGGUUCCGUCUCUACUGGUUCCCGCUCAAGGUGCUCUAUGCCACCUGCUACAGCAGCCUGCAGCUGGUGCCUGACAUCCCCUUCUACUUCUUCUUCAAUGCCCUGCUGCUUGUGCUCACCCUGAUGAACAUCUACUGGUUCCUGUACAUCGUCCUCUUCGUGGGCAAGGUGCUGCUGGGGCAGAUGCAGGAGGUGACCGACGUCCGCGAGUACGACGUGGAGGACAGCAGGAGAGCCACGGCCAGGAAGAGAGAGGCUGAGCUGCAGCUGCCCUCUGCUCUGAAGGAAGGGAUGCACCUGAAGAAUGGACUGGUGAAGGACAAGAGGCUAUAAGGGAGGUGGAGCUGCUGUGGCCUGGUCAGCCUGGCUGGAUCUGGGGACUGACCCAGGGCCCUGUGCUCAAACCCAGAGAGCCACAGGCACCAGGAGGACUCCACCCCUGCCCCCCUUCAGCCCCUGCCCAGAGCUGGGGCAGAGACCUCCCUGGCAGGGCCAGGCCCCUCCUGGGGCUCACCAGCUGCUGCUGCUGUGCUUCCUGCAGCCAGCCCCUGCUGGGGCAGCUGAGAGGCUGUGGUGGCUUUGCUGGGCCAGGCAGGAUUUGGAGCUGGCCUUAGGUCCCCUGAUGUUUGUUUUGCCACUGCAUCCCUUGGCCCUCCUCGGCCCCUCGCUGAUUUCUCCUCUCUUCGUUGUUGGACCCUCCCACAGACCCCUCCUCAGCAUCCACUGAAGGGUUCUGAGACCCAGUAUUAAACUGAAGAGGGAAAUGUCUUCUCUGUUGGCAUCAUCACCCCAGAGAGGAGCCCCAGGCUGCCAAGCAGGGACUGGGGAGCUGAUGCCCUGCACCUCUGAGCCUCCCCCCUCAGGAGGGGUCACCGCCGUGGAGCUGCCCUCCUGCCUGGAGCCACAGCACAGGAGCCCUGCAGCUCUGUUCCAGCUCCUGUCCUGCAGGAUGUGGCACAGGAGCCCUGCAGCUCUGUUCCAGCU